CUUUGAUCCGGAUAGGGAAAGUUGUUUCACCAAACGCCCUCUGUUGCUAGGACGGUAGCACUGUAAAAAGGAGAAGAGAAAGGAAGAAGGCAGGUUUCUGCCUAUUCAACUCCUACUGUUCACACCCUAUCAAGGACUUUCGAAACAGUAGCAGUGCCCAGUGUGGGGGGUUGAUUGCUUUGCUUGAAAUUUACUUUUAUUUCAGCAAAUCGAUACCUUCACCUUCGCUUCUCUAAUUCCAAAAAUUUUCUAAUUCACUAAACCUGUCGAUUUCAUCCCAGCAAUCAUGGCUUCAGAUGCAGAUAUGGAGGAUUAUGGAUUUGAGUACUCCGAUGAGGAACCUGAGGAACAAGACGUUGACAUUGAGAAUCAAUAUUACAAUUCCAAAGGUUUAGUAGAAACAGACCCUGAAGGAGCGCUUGCUGGUUUUGCUGAAGUUGUUAACAUGGAGCCUGAAAAGGCUGAGUGGGGAUUCAAAGCUCUGAAGCAAACUGUAAAGCUCUAUUACCGUUUAGGGAGGUAUAAAGAAAUGAUGGACGCUUACAGGGAGAUGUUAACAUACAUCAAAUCAGCUGUGACGCGAAAUUACAGUGAAAAAUGUAUAAACAAUAUUAUGGAUUUUGUUUCCGGGUCAGCUAGUCAAAAUUUUGGUCUUUUGCAAGAAUUCUAUCAGACUACACUGAAGGCCCUUGAAGAGGCAAAGAAUGAGAGACUUUGGUUUAAGACAAAUCUUAAGCUUUGCAAGAUCUGGUUUGAUAUGGGUGAGUACGGGCGAAUGAGCAAGAUUUUGAAGGAACUUCAUAAGUCUUGUCAAAGGGAAGAUGGUACUGAUGAUCAAAAGAAGGGAAGUCAGCUUCUGGAGGUAUAUGCAAUUGAAAUUCAAAUGUAUACUGAGACCAAGAACAACAAGAAGCUGAAGCAAUUAUACCAGAAAGCACUUGCUAUCAAGUCAGCAAUACCACAUCCAAGGAUCAUGGGAAUAAUUCGCGAAUGUGGUGGCAAGAUGCAUAUGGCUGAGCGUCAAUGGGCUGAGGCAGCCACAGAUUUCUUUGAAGCUUUCAAGAACUAUGAUGAAGCUGGAAAUCAGAGACGUAUACAAUGCCUAAAAUACCUUGUUCUGGCAAAUAUGCUGAUGGAAUCUGAAGUUAAUCCUUUUGAUGGUCAGGAGGCAAAGCCGUACAAAAAUGACCCUGAGAUUUUGGCAAUGACAAAUCUAAUAGCAGCAUAUCAACGAAAUGAAAUAAUAGAGUUUGAAAAAAUCCUUAAGAGUAACAGGAGGACAAUCAUGGAUGAUCCAUUCAUCAGAAAUUAUAUUGAAGAUCUUUUGAAGAAUGUGAGAACUCAAGUGCUACUUAAGCUUAUAAAACCAUAUACAAGAAUCCGGAUCCCUUUUAUAUCAAAGGAACUCAAUGUGCCAGAAAAAGAUGUUGAGCAGUUGUUGGUUUCCUUGAUCUUGGAUAAUCGUAUUGAUGGGCAUAUUGAUCAAGUGAACCGGCUGUUGGAGCGUGGUGACAGGUCAAAGGGUAUGAAGAAGUACACCGCCAUAGAUAAAUGGAACACACAGCUUAGGUCCCUUUAUCAAACUGUCAGCAACAGGGUGUACUGAGAUUGCAAUUAUGCUGUAUGUUAGCCCUUUGGCGAAGGUGCUCCCAGUAGUUUUUUUUUUUUUUUUGGGCUGCAAGAGUAUGCUUUCUCAUCUUAAGGUGAUUUGGAUCAGCAAUCUGGAAGAAGUAGCAUGUAUCUAUAUUCCCAUAUUAUAUGUUUGGUUAGCCAAAGUAUUUGCCUGAUUGCAAGAAUUUUGAUUUUGAGAUGGACACUUGGUGAAUUAGACAAUUAUCUACCAGUUCUCUCUGCCUAAAAUAGGCAUAAAUUGCCGAAUGCAAACCCAGAACGUGAUUGACUGGA